GCGUUUUGUUCCUUCUCGGCAAGUUCGCUCCUCCAGUUUCAGCCGUCGGCCCCGUGCAGUUCACACACUUCCUCCUUCUGCUGCUCGCGUGUUUCUCAAAUCUUCUCAGACUCAGACGUGAAAUAUUGGAAAUAACAUCCGGAAUAGUAAUCUGCGUCUAAGUGGUUGGAUGAUGGAUUUGCGGAUUUUACUCCCUGCUCUCCUGCUCGUCGUCGGUUUGGCGACGGUUUUCGGCCAGUCUUCCGCACCUGCCCAAGUGUGUGAGGCAAAGAAUGGGACAAGCUGUGAGGAAUGUCUGAAAAAUGUGACAUGCUUGUGGUGCAUCACAACCAAGUCAUGUGUAACAUAUCCAGUGAGGACCAUCCUUCCACCACAUUCACUCUGCCCACUGAAUGAUGCACGCUGGGGUCUCUGCUGGAUGAACUUCCAGACACUGAUAAUCACCUUGGCAGUGGUUGGAGGUGUUCUCAUCAUCGCCUUCCUGGUCUGUUUGUUCUGCUGCUGCAAGUGUGAGAACUUUGGAUCCCAAAGGUUUGAGGCCAAGAUGCAGAGACAAGCUAAUAAGACAAAAACCAAGCAGGAAGAAAGGAGGGCAGAGAUGAAACAGAGGCAUGACGAAAUCAGGAAGAAAUAUGGUCUAAGUGGGCAAAACCCAUACUCCAGGUUUGCAUGAACAAGUAUCAGUGAACCAACAUUUUGCACCAUGAACCUCGUGUUUCUCCCUGAGCUCUGAUGACUCACACCACAGACAGCAACAGACUGUGUUGUGGUUGUGAGUGAAGAUAUGAUCUGAGAAUUAAUGUAAACUAUAAUUAAGAAAAUGUCAGAAAAGUGGGAGUAGUUUUGUAUAGACAGCCUCUAGUGUCAAUCAGCCAAUGAACAGGAAUGUUAGGUUCUCUGUAAUGAUCCAAAAGGCUGUAACCAAAGGCUAGAAUAGACCCAUGAAGCAGCAGUGUUCUUCAAGGCUAUAGUAGUCUAUCAUGUGGCCCUUAUAGCAUCAGUCUACUUAUACUAUUUAUUAGGUUGAGUUUAGUUGUACAGUAUGGAAAGAACCAUGUUUGGUAGCUGAACAAUUCUUUCCUUUUGCCUGAGAAAAUCUGUAAAUGUCUCUUUUUUGUUGCUCUGAGUUGCUGCUGAGUUUAGAGAUAUUCUUAAAAAUUGUAGCCUAUUUUUGUAUUUGGUGUAAUUUUUCUCAUUUUCCUGUUUCAAAACGAUUCAUUCCUAUUCUGAGCUGGACAUGUUGAAGGCUGUUUUCAUUGUGUUAUAGCUGUAUGUUCCUCUCAUAGGAAUGUCUUCUUUUUUUUAACAUAUUAGGUUCAGGAAAUAUGUUGAUUCUGUGAUGUCAAAAUGAAAUCUUCAUCGCU